GGGAGGGAGGGGCCGCUUCAGCACCAGGGCGGCCGCGGACAGCAGCGGCCCCGGCUCGGCGGCGGCAAUCCGGUGCGGGCUGCGCGGCCGCCGCGGAACCAGCGCCGGGCCCUGCGCGUUCCCCUGCGGCGGCGGAGCCCUCGCGGCACAUCUCUCUGGUACAUCUGUUAAGCUACUGCAAAUCUUUAAACGUAUUUAUUAUUCCAUCAGAAAGAGCGCAGUUGACUACACAGGCACACACAUUGUCUUCCACGUGCUGUGUUAAGAACAGCAAUAGCUUUUUCGUGGCUCCUGUAAAAAGCACAAGCUUUCCCUGGGAGGUUCAUGUUUUUAGCAGUGACAAGAUGACAAUUCAUAUUUUUACCAAAGGAUCCAGUGAGUCAUCCUAUUAACUCUGCUGAAAUACAUGCUUGCCAAUCGUCCUGCCACGUUAGCCAACCUACAUCACAAUGACUGAGGACUUAGACCACAGGUUCAGUAGUCUCACUUGGGAUCAAAUUAAAAUCCUGGAUCAAGUUUUAGCAGAGGUAAUACCCAUUCAUGGAAGAGGGAAUUUUCCAACACUAGAAGUAAAACCGAAGGAUAUAAUUCGUGUGGUUAAGGAGCAGCUCAUUGAAAAACAAAUCAACAUUCGAGAUAUCCGCCUGAAUGGUUCAACAGCUAGCCAUAUCCUAGUGAAGCAGAAUGGAACAAGUUACAAGGACCUAGACAUCAUUUUUGGAGUGGAACUUCCAAGUGAGCUUGAGUUUCAGGUUGUUAAGGAGGCAGUUCUUAAUUGCCUAUUGGACUUUUUGCCAAAAUGUGUCAAUAAGGAAAAAAUCACUGCCCAGACUAUGAAAGAUGCCUACGUGCAGAAAAUGGUCAAAGUCUCUACCGAUCACGAUCGCUGGAGCCUCAUCUCGCUGUCAAACAACAGUGGCAAGAAUGUGGAGUUAAAGUUUGUUAAUUCGCUCAGGCGACAGUUUGAGUUCAGCGUGGACUCAUUCCAAAUCGUGCUGGACUCCAUCUUAAAUGUUUACAGAGAAACAGACUGCAAACUGACAGAAGACUCCCACCCCACUAUUAUUGCAGAGAGUAUGUAUGGAGACUUCAAUGAAGCAAUGGACCAUUUAAAAUACAAACUGAUUUCCACGAGGAACCCUGAGGAAAUCAGAGGAGGUGGCCUUCUGAAGUACAGCAAUCUCUUGGUUCGUGACUUUAAGCCAGCAGAUGAGGCUGAAAUUAAAUCUCUGGAACGUUACAUGUGCUCCAGAUUCUUCAUUGAUUUUCCAGAUGUUGCUGAGCAGCAAAGGAAAAUUGAGUCAUAUCUGCGCAACCACUUCAUCGGGGAAGAAAAAAGCAAGUAUGACUACUUGAUGACUCUGCGUGGAGUUGUAAAUGAGAGCACAGUCUGUCUCAUGGGACAUGAACGAAGACAAACUCUGAAUAUGAUUACAAUUUUGGCUUUAAAAGUUCUCGGAGAACAAAAUAUUAUCCCAAAUGCAGCAAAUGUAACAUGUUAUUAUCAGCCUGCUCCGUAUAUCAGUGACAGAAACUUCAGCAAUUAUUACAUUGCUCAUGGACAACCAGCUAUCAUCUACCAGCCAUACCCAUUUCACAUACAAAUGCAAAGCGGCAUGGUUUAGGAACACAGUAACCUUCUCAGCACUCUCACCCCUCUCAUUCCAGUUCUCUCCGUAAUAAAGGCCUCAUUCAACCAAGUUUUAUUAUCACUUUUGAUUUAAGGACAUAUUUUUGUGCAAGUUGCCAAAGUUAUUUGGUCAAUGUCUCAAAUACCUUUAAGCAGAUCAUAAGAAAAAUGUCUAUCAUUAUUCAUGAAGAUGUAUUUAUAUCCCCACUUGUGUUUGGGCUAUACUUUUGGAUGAAAAGAGAAGGAUAUAAAUUAUUCUAAUUUUAUAAGAUGAAAUGCACUGAGUUCUAGGUUCUAAUAAAUUCUUAAACAAAAUUUUGAAAGUGUAAAAUUAAGCCAAGCAAUUACCUCUCAGCAGAAAUGCCUAAUUCUAGAAAUGCUAGCAUUCUGGGCAAUUUACACUAGAGCAUCCACCAGUUAUACCCAUGCAGCCUCCAACACCAUUUAUUAGCAGCAUCUUCUGAAAAUGCACAACGAGGGACUGUUUCUGGGUGCUCUGAGUGCCCUCUGUAAGCUCUGUCUGGUCAUUCCCAUCAGAGACGCGAGGUCCCUCCUACACUGGAGUCCUCCUCAGUAGGGGUUGGGAUAAAAUAUCCCUACCACAAGCAGAAUCAGACUUUUUGGGCAUCCAAAAUUUCUGCUGAUUUGAGUGAGAGAUUUGGCUGCUUAAGUGUUGAACCCCAGGUUCUGACUAACAGGUAAUAAAAGAGAUACAACUAUUCUGAUUAGAUUAGCCCUGAACAACAAGCUAAUAGAAUGAGAAAGAUGGUGAAAAUUGAGCACACAGGGCUUGCUUUCUAUUGCUAAUUUGUUAUUGAUCAGAGAUGCUUCAAUGCAUAAUAAACGGAGUCAGGGGAAAAGAAAAAAACAGCCCAGGACUGUGUUGUUUUCAGGUGAAUUAAAACAAAUCCUUGGUAGUAGUGUCUGAAAAAAUGUUUUCUAAUAGCAAUGUCAUAUGUCAGCUUCCUUACCUGCACUCAUACACCAGUAGCAAAUGAAGAUUUCUCUUAUGUUCAGGAAGUGUUGCAAAUUUCCAUGUGUGUUUACCAAAGAUAAGUUUUAAACAUGUCACAUAAGUGCCUCCCUGUGCCAGUUGCUCCGUGAAAGUUAGAAUGCUGCCUGCAGUUGUGCCAGAGAGCUCCUGAAUGACAGAAAGGGAAUGAAAAGUGUGCACCCUUUGCACCACUGACCUCAGUACAAGCAGGUUUGGAACAGAGGGUGCUGAGGUUGGUCUCUCUGAAACACCACCAGUUUAGCUGAAUGGGGUGCAGCAAGAAACAGUGAUGGAAAGGGGAACGAAGGGACAUGGUUGUAAAAUCAAAGCAGUCAACUGGAAAUGCAAGCAACAGAGUUUUGUACGUCUGAUGCUUAACAUGUCACUAUGUCACACUGGCGUUCAUUACUGGUUCAUUUUGUGUCCUCCUCAUUUUUAAAAGCAUUGAGUACAUUUUAUCUAUUUACAACAAGUGUCAGGUCUUAGAAAUUUUUGCUACUUGGAAAAGAGCAUCUGAUUUAUUUUACACAGAAAUAUGCUACGUACCAAUAUUUUAAAGCAUUUACAAGAUGUCUAAGGUCUAUGAAGUUCUACUUACCAGUGAAAUGUAGCUUUCUUUUUUUUCCCCAUCAUAUGCCCGUACAGUAGAACAAAGAGCUGUUUAAAGACAACUUCACUGACCAUCAUCACUAAAGUUCAUCCUUUUCUGUAAAAUACAGUGCAAAAAAUAUAGUGCAGAAUAACAUGAGAAAUAGUGCAGAACAAUAAAUUAGAAGUGCAACGUUAAGAGAGUAUACUGAUCUACUUGGAAGUUGAUUCAUUUGGUGACAUUUUUCUUGAAUUAUUUUACUACUGUUUUCCCUGAUUACUCAAGUAAGUCCAAUUCCAUGUCUAAAAGCUCAUUUUAUUUCACUUCUACAAGUGCAUUUUCAAUUGGUUAAACUAUAUUUCAUAAAAUAGGCAAUUCUAAUUGCUACAUUAUCAGAUAUGAUAAUGCUAUGAAGAGAUUCCCUGUCAGAAGCAAAACAGAGUGAAACACGGUGCAUUUUUUUUAACUGAGUUGUUUAUUUCACAGAGUGUACCUUUAAAUUCAGUUUGAUAUUUUCCAAAAUAAAUAGCACUGUGAAUUUUUGUAAGAGCUUUAUUUAGAUUGUGCCCCUCUUUUGCUUGUGCUUGCUCAGCACAUGCUCUCUGCAGGGCUGGGAGCUGCAAGCUGGGCUGUGCACGGCUGGGAGGCCCAGACAGACCUGCAGGAGUCAGGCAUCCUAGCGCCCUCAUUGGCUCUUGCACUCCCUGAGUUUGCUUGACUUAGCCCAGCUCCAUUGACCUGUGACCACAAUCUAACGUUGCUACAGCAACUUAAUACUCCUCCACUCCUGGUUCUCUCACUUCCUGGGAGGAGAAAUGGGUUGCAUGCCUCAAGAACCAGAAAGCAGGUCAACUAAGAAAGGGAGUUCUCAGUAUACUGCGAAUAUGCAGUGAUCCACUACCUAGAGAAAUAUCUCAGUAAGUUGUGUUUGUUGGUGGUGGGUUUUCGUUUUCUUUUAAACCAAGUAGAAAUGUGUAUCACCCUGCACGAAGGACUGCAAUUCUGUUUUGAAUCACACAUGCAAAUGAUGAACUCUGGAUUUGUAUGAACCAGCCUGUCCACUUGUACAGCAGCUGCUCAUUUAAAUAUAUAUUUCACUGUCUUACAUCUCUGUUUAUAGAUCCAGGUUAGAUAAGUUAGGACUCAGCCAAAGUCCACUAGAGCUAGUGGGGAGGAUCUGCCUAACUCCAAUGGACUUUUGGUGAGACCCCAGAAAGUGCAAAGGAUUUCUGUGAGUACCUAAAGGUACAAAGACAUCAAUAUGCAAAAAUGUCUCAGGUAUAAAUAAACCCUUUAACUUUAUUGAAAAGGUCUUGUAUUUCUUACCUAGACGUAGUUCCAUUCUGAAGCUUCAGCAAGGUUGGUAUAUGUAUUUUAUAUAUAUUUAUAUGCAUAUAAAUAUAUAUAAAAUCUCACAUGUCUACACAUACACAGGUCAAUAACAAAAUCUGAUGUUGUCUUUUAAGUAUUUCCUUCCAAAUGUUGAAGGAGAUCUGGCAGCAGAAUUUGAACUGGAGAUGGUUUUUAAGGUAGUACUGAUUCUGUAAAAUAAUACUAGAACAGAGAUGAUGUUGUAUAGACUGCUGCUUGCAAAACACUGAUAACAUAUAUAAAAUGUAAUUCUUUAACCUCUACUCCAGCUGUUACCUAUUUCACUAUGUGCAAAUAUAAAUCUACAAGGAAUUGAGAGGGUUUUCUCAGCACCAGUAUCCUAAGCUUCACAUUUGCAAUAUACUAUGUUGUUAUGAUCUGUUCAAUUAUUACAAUACCUGGAAAUUGUAAUGCUGAUUUUAUUUAAUCACAAAACUUCUCAAGGUUUACAGCUUACAGUAAUCUAAUGUUGUCAGGACGUAAGUGUUAAAGUUUUAAGUGCUUUCCUAAAAAAAGUCAUUUGAAUUUUGUGUUAUAUUGUAAAAGUUCCAUUUGAAGCAUAUAUUUUAUGGUAGUUCCUUUAACAUGUAAUUUGUGAGCUUUAUACUCCACAUAUUACAGAAGUUUUUGUGAUGGAUACAAGAAAUGUAAAACUGUCCUUGGUCAAGCUGUUAUAUUGUCUGUUGUGUUACACUGAUCCUGUAAAAUAAUGGAUCUGAUUUACCACUGUGCCACUUGGAUUUUUUAGCUAUGUAAUUUGACUUACGUUAGAGGAGUUACAUCAGCAUAAACUUGGAUCUGGAGUUACACGGGGGUGCAUUCAACAUGAUGUUUAGAAAUAUCUGGAGGAAGAACAGCGCUGAGUUUAGACAAGUCGGAAUAACUGGGAUUCUUACCGAUCAGUUUUUGUUUGAUAUAUUUUCCUUUGAUCUAAAGAAAUGGGAGAGUAUACAGAAACAAAGCUGUUACAUGUGAAAGAAGAGGUAUUUCACAUAAUGUGCCAUCUGAAGUUGUUGAAAAAAAACAAACACUGUAAUGCUAAAAAUGUGUACUAAUCACACAGAUCUGUAGGUCAUUAGUCCACAGUGUUGACUAGUGCCUUUGGGUAUUUGGGAAGCAACCAUUAAAAGAACUUUCUUGUUAAA